CACGUGUGCUGACCGUUUAAAUAGCGGUAUUUCUGACAACACUGGAAGGCACCACAAGUCCAUCCUCCCCAUCAGCAGUCUGGUCAACAACAUUUCUCCUGGAAGACUCAGCAGCGAACUUCACCGACUCCCGCACUUUAAAACACCGACAUGGAUGCCCUAAAGUCGGCUGGGAGAGCUAUUAUCCGGAGCCCGAGCAUGGCGAAACAGUCGUGGACCGCCGGUAGACACAGAAAGCUUCCAGAGAACUGGACUGACACAAGGGAGACCAUCUUAGAAGGCAUGACCUUUAACCUUCGUCACCUUGGCAUGACACUAGUGGAUCAGCCCAAGGGAGAGGACCUAUCAGCUGCUGCUGUAAAGAGGAUUGUUGCCACGGCUAAAGCCAGUGGGAAGAAGCCUCAGAAGGUUGCUCUCAAGGUUUCUCCUCAGGGAAUAGUGCUGUACGACAGCUUGACCAAUAAACUCCUGGAAAAUGUGUCCAUAUACAGAAUAUCUUACUGCACAGUGGACAAACUGCAUGAUAAAGUGUUUGCUUAUAUCGCUCAAAACACCCUCAAUGGGACCCUGGAGUGCCACGCCUACCUCUGCGCCAAGAGGAAAGUGGCUCAGGCAGUGGCUUUGACAGUAGCCCAGGCCUUCACAGUAGCUUUUGAACUCUGGCAAGUGGCCAAAGAAGAGAAAGGGAAAAGAGUGAAGUCUGGUUCAGCUGGAGAAGGCAGCAGUAGUUCACAUUCAGAGAGAUCUAACAGCCUGGGGAGCCUGAAAGGGACAGAUGUUGCCACAGACAACCUCCUGGACUUUGAGGACAGUGUGAAUGUUGUAGUUGAGACCAAUGGGAAUGUAGAAGAGGAUCAGUUGGACAACCACAGGCCCUCUGAGACCAAUAACAACCCUGCCUGGGAAAUAGAAGAUGGUUUGGAUGAAGCCUUCUCCAGAUUGGCAGUGUCGCGUACUAACCCCCAGGUCCUGGACAUUGGGGUGACACCUCAAGACUGGCUCACUGAGCCCGACUGGGACUGCACCAACGGAAACACUCCACGCGGUCUCAGCCCAUUUGGGGAUGAUAUCUUCGGUUUCUGACCACCUUAACACAGCAGAGAGAGAGAAAGAGAGACGACAACUAAGGAGAGGAGGAUUGUCUUUAUGUCUUCCUAUGAAUUAACGAGGCAUCACUGUCACUGUUUAUUUGAGAUGAAGAGACACUAAGUCCAUAAGGGAAUAAGUAUAGAACUGUGAGAUUAUGUUUGGCCUCUCCUCCUUGUUGUUGCCUUCUUCACAUGGACAGUUCCUCCCAUCUUUGUGGUAACAGCAUGGGCUGCUGCCCCUGCACACCAAAGCAAUAAUAUCUUCUUUUACGGUCACUCAGUCUCUCCUAUUAAUACACUGCAAACAUCCUUACAAACAUAUAUGUUCACCAAGUCAUCUUAUGUCAUCAUUUGUUGUCCUUUGUGUACUUAAGAUUUUCUGUUUCUGUAGUUUUGCCAUCAUAAUCAGUGUUGUAUGUUGUUUGUAUGUUUAGUUAUAAUUUAUAGUUUUAUAUUAUUUUUUUAUGGAUGAAGAGAAGGAUUCAUCUCAAACUGAUGAACAGAUUGUAUCAACAGGCCUUAAAAACAGCAGGACAAUCAGCUAUGCUACAUCUUUCAGUUAAAAAGUUGAAUGGUUGUUUACACACAGUAUCAGUGGAUUUAGUUAAUGUGAGGAUUUGGCCUUCCACCGCCUUGGAUGUAAACUGAUGAUUGUUUUAUUUCUAUAAUCUGAAAAUCACUCUAGUUGUUGUAUUUAUAUGAAAUCUACUGGUGGCUCAUUGAGGACAGGUUGUUAAAGGCAUUACUUUUUCUCUGCAGUGUAACAGCGUUGUCUUGAGUGAAGCCCAGAUGUGCUCGCGUUUCAUUGUGACCAUUUCAGUGUACAUUAUAAUCAAUCAGCAUUGUAUAGAAUUACAAUAUAUUCAUGAUUAAAAAAUGAUAGUUUCGGUA